AUGGAAAAAUCCAAUCAGACAUCCCCCAUGGUAGGAUUCAUUCUCCUGGGCCUCUCCGCCUACCCAACGCUGGAGAAAAUAUUUUUUGUGCUCAUCCUGCUGAUGUACCUGGUGGUCCUGCUGGGCAAUGGGGUCCUCAUCCUGGUGACCCUUCUUGACUCCCAUCUGCACACGCCCAUGUACUUCUUCCUGGGGAACCUCUCCUUCCUGGACAUCUGCUACACCACCUCCUCAGUCCCUCUGGCCCUGGAUGGCUUCUUGACACCCCAGGAAACCAUCUCCUUCUCAGGCUGUGCUGUGCAGGUGUUCCUCUCCUAUGCCAUGGCAGGGACAGAGUGUGUGCUCCUGAGCAUGAUGGCAUUUGAUCGCUACGUGGCCAUCUGCAACCCCCUGAGGUACCCCGUGGUCAUGAGCAAGCCUGUCUACGUGCCCAUGGCUGCCGGCUCCUGGGCUAUUGGUGGUGCUAAUUCUGUGAUGCACACAACCUUGUUAACUCGGCUGCCCUUCUGUGAAGACAGCAUCAUCAACCACUUCACCUGUGAGAUCCUGGCUGUCCUGAAGUUGGCCUGUGCUGACAUCUCCAUCAAUGUGAUCAGCAUAGAGGUGACAAAUGUGAUCUUCCUGGGGGCCCCAGUUCUGUUCAUCUCUUUCUCCUAUGUGUUCAUCAUUACUACCAUCCUGAGGAUCCCCUCGGCCGAGGGAAGGAAAAAGGCCUUCUCCACCUGCUCUGCCCACCUCACGGUCGUGGUCAUCUUCUACGGGACCUUAUUUUUCAUGUAUGGGAAACCGAAAUCCAAGGACCCACUGGGAGCAGACAAACAGGACCUUUCAGACAAGUUUAUUUCCCUCUUCUAUGGGGUGGUGACCCCCAUGCUCAACCCCAUCAUCUACAGCCUGAGGAACAAGGACGUGAAGGCUGCUGUGAGGAACCUCGUAGCUCGGAAAGCAGUCAGCCAGUGA